CCCUCAUAACACUUCUGAAGAUGCCAGUGGUUUACGGGCCCGUAAACCCUUAUCUGUCUGCCACCAGGAAUUGCCAUCAGCGAACGAAAGCUGAUGGCAUCAAAUCAGUCGGAGUCGCAUGUGCUAGCACGUACUAGCCGAAAAUCCUACACGUACUAGCUGAUAACACAAAGGACUCCGCCCACUUUCAAUCUUCAGAACAAAAGAGAGACUGGCUUUUUAGCCAAAGCUCAAUCUCAGCAUUUUACCACUGGCGCCUGGAUAGGUGAGAUAUCGUGAUAGUAGUCUAGUAUAGCAACGGACGCAAAUGGCAGACUACUCGCGUGUUAGGGUCGUCAGUCGGAGCCUCGUCAAGGCGGCCGGCACCGUCACGCCGCGCAUCCUCGCCGUUUCCAACCUCGACCUGCUCCCUCGGCCCAUACCGUCCUUGCUCCUCUGCGCCUACCGCAAGCCCUCCACCGGCUGCUUCGGCGAUGUCGUGGCCAUCUUCAAGGCCAGUCUACCGUCCCUGCUCGAGCACUUCUUCCCCCUCGCCGGCCGCCUCGUGUACAGCCCGCGCUCCGGGGUUCCGGAGGUGCACUGCGACAACCAGGGCGCGGAGCUUGUCGUCGGUGAGGCCGGCGUGGAACUGGCGAGCCUGGACUAUGGCGCGCUAGGCGCGUCGCUGGCGAGGAUCGGCGCGCUCGUCCAGUACGGCGCCGACGUCGUGCUCUCGGUGCAGCUCGUGUCCUUCGCCUGCGGCGGGUUCACCGUCGCGUGGUGCUCCAACCACGUGGUCAUGGACGGGUACGGGCUGUGCAUGCUCGCCAGCAUGUGGUCCGAGCUCGCGCGGUCCGGGAGGAUCGACACCACCCGCGGCGGCGGGGCCCCCAGCUUCGACCGCUCCGUGCUGCCGCGCCCCCGCGCUGCGCCGUCGUACAGCCCCUCGCUCAGCGAGGCGUUCACGCCGUUCGAAGGCAAGCAUCUGGUUAACUCGCUCACGGCCGAGAGCUACUGCGUCACGCGCCUGUACUACGUCGAGGAGCGUGAUAUCGCUAUGCUGCGCGCGCGGGCGAGCGGGGAGGGUGUCGGCGAGCUACGCGCGACCCGCCUCGAGGCGAUGUCGGCGUACCUGUGGAAAGCCUUGGCCGCCGUCGUGGCCGCGUCCGGCUCCGACGAGACCUGCCGCAUGGGCUGGUGGGUGGACGGGCGGCGGAGGCUGAGCGUGCCGGGAAACGAGGCCGCGAUGCGCAACUACGUCGGCAACGUCGGGACGUUCGCGCUCGCGGAAGCAGCCGUGGAGGAGAUCCGGCGGCGGCCGCUCCCGGAGGUGGCGUCGAUGGUGCGGGAGGCGAUCGCGGCGAGGGCCACCGAGGAGCAUUUCCAGGAGCUGAUGGACUGGGUGGAGGAGCACAAGGGCGGCAGGUUCGUGGAGACGGCGACCGUCGGGCUGGGCAGCCCGGCGUUGGCCGUGACGUCAUUCGCGUCGUUCCGCCUUCAGACGGACUUCGGCUUCGGGCACGCCGCCCUGGCGAUGCCGAUGAUGCUCGCCGGGACCGGGAGGCUGUGCGCCGGCUUCGUGAAGAUCGUCCCGCGCCCCGGAGGCGACGGCUCGUGGGUCGUCAGCAUGGUGGUGUGGCCAAGGCUCGCCGCCGCGCUCGACUCUGACGAGCCGCGCAUCCUGAGGCCGGUCACCGCCGAGUACCUCGGCCUCAAGGCAGAAAACCCGUGUAGCCGGCUAUGAUCACCCUUGGCUCGUCGACGUGCCCUUCCUCCUCUCCGACACGAAGGUGCCGCGCCUCUCUACCUGCUCCUAGUCCGCCGAGCAUCGCUGGUGUGGGACGCCGGGCUGGAGCAGUACGCCGGCGAGUCGGCGACUACGCGUGGUGUGCGCUUGUCCACUGGCACGGGCCGUACGGGAGGAACUUGUUCCGCGGCUUCCCGGCAGCCAACUCGUUGCCCACGUCCAUUUAUCCAUCCAUCGAUCCAUGCAAAUAAAAACCAUGCAUGGUCUGUUGGCGGCUGCUUGGGUCCUGGGCGGGUACAUGAGACAUGUUGAUGCUGCCGAUAAUGUUCAGCUCUCUACAUUUGCCGGCGGGCACGGCUUCAAUCGCUUCCGGUGACCAUGGUGUGGGCUCUCUCCCCGUCACGUGGUAGUCAGCGGGUGUGCUCCACCGUCGGUGCGGUCUGUGUGGUAGACACUCAGUCCUGUGUCAGUGCACUCAUUGCUGUGUGCGGUGGCCAUCGAAAAGUCUUUGUGAGGAUUACUUCCUCUGGAUUCGGUGGUUGCUACGUGUGGCUCAUACUGGUGACAAUGCGUGAUUUAGCCAGAAAGCUUCUUUGUGAGUUUUGGUUGUUCUCAUCUUGUUGGUCUGCUUUAGGCAAUGGGUUGCAAUCUAUAGCAGCUGCUUGACGCAGAAUAUGGUUGUGCAACAGCAGUAGCAGGAUUUCUAACCCAACACAUGUGGUUGCUUGGGGUCACGGAAAAGGGGUGGCGACAACACCCGAUUGCCUUCGAUUUGAUGAUGCUUCUCAAGUAACCGGUCUCGAGCUUCAAGGUGGAAACUCUAGGUCUAUCGGAGUUGGUUAUACCUGACAAUAACAAUGUUUUUUGCAUCGUAACCUUGUUCAAGGCAUUGCAUGGAUAUACUUGGACUUGUUCUUCAUGAUAAAAAUCUAGAAUCUGACAUUUGGUGUUUGGAUGCGGUGACGGCACCGCUCAAGCAUCAUUCCCUUUCUAAAGGCGUUGUUGUUGAAAAACAUCAUUGUCUUUAUGGUGUCAAGAGUUGGUUGGUGCGGAUAUGAUUGUUGAUGUAGUUUGUUGAUCAUUAUUUCAAUUGCCUAGGUUUCUCUUUUUUUUUUCUAGUCAGGCAUAAUUUUAGUUUUGUAUGACUUUGCUAAUUACCGACGUGUCUAUUUAGUGCUGUUUGGUUGCCACCCUGAUGCAAAAUCGCCUGACCUGAUGCUUACCUGAGACCGGCGUGAACCUUGUUUGGUUGGUGUCCUGAAACAUUAGCCUAACCUGUGAAAGCUGCAGAAGCGAUUAGCCAGGAGGUAGCCUCCGGCAAUAUGCUUAGCCUGAGUCAGGCCUCCAAUUUCUCCUGCUUGGGUGUGCCUGAAGCAAGGCAGAUAUUAAAAAAUUAUUUCUUUUGCAAAGAUUUGAUGGUUUGGAGUUCUUUAUGCAUUAAUUGUACUGUUGAAUGUCAGCCUAGCCAGGC